CAAUUUUGAACUGCUCGUCAGACAUUGUUUUCUCCUUCACUAAUCACGCCGGCCUGCAUGCAUGCCAUGCCAAAAGAAAAAAGAAAAUCACGCGGGUCUGCAUAAAACCCCACGCGCACAUCGUCACACUUGCACCAGUCCACGCUCGGCUCAACUCGGCUUUCCCACGUCAAUGGCCAUCCGCUUGCUCUUCUCUCUUCUGCUCCGCCUCCUCGCCGUGCAAGCGGCUUCACACGGCAGCACCGGCAACGGCGACGAUGACGGCGCCCUCAUGACGUCCUGCCUCGCGGCUGCCGGUGUGCGCAACGUCACCACACGCCGCUCGCCUGCGUACCCCGCCGCGCUGGCCUUCUCCGUCCAGAACCUCCGGUUCGCGGGCGCCAGUGCGCACCACGGUCCCGUCGCCGUCGUCGUCCCGGCGUCCCUGGCCGAGCUGCGAGCGGCUGUGUUGUGCGCCCGGGAGGCGGGGCUCGUGGUGCGCCUCCGCAGCGGCGGGCACAGCUACGAAGGCCUCUCCUACACCACGGACGAUGCCGGCGGCUUCGUCGUCGUCGACCUCAUGGCGCUAGACCGCGUCCGGGUCCACGCUGGAACGCGCACGGCGUGGGUCCAGUCCGGCGCGACGCUCGGGCAGGUGUACCACGCGGUGGCCGCGUCCAGCAAGACCCUGGCGUUCUCUGCCGGGUCAUGCCCCACGGUCGGCUCCGGCGGACACAUCGCCGGUGGCGGCUUCGGCCUGCUGUCCCGCAAGUACGGGCUCGCGGCGGACAACGUGAUCGACGCCGUGCUGGUCGACGCCGAAGGGCGCGUCCUGGACCGGGACGGCAUGGGCGAGGAGGCCUUCUGGGCGAUCCGCGGUGGCGGCGGUGGCGCCUGGGGCGCCGUCUACGCGUGGCGCGUGAAACUCAGCCCCGUCCCGGAGCGCGUCACCGUGUUCGUCGUCAACCGGCCCGGCACCGUGGAGUCGGUGGCACGGCUGGUGUCAACAUGGCAGCACGUCGCGCCGUGGCUGCCCGACGAGUUCUACCUCUCGGCGUUCGUCGGAGCAGGCCUGCCGGAGUCGGACGGGACCGGCAUCUCCGUCACCUUCAAGGGGUUCUACCUCGGCCGGAGCCAGGAAGCAUUGAACAUACUCUCCACACGGUUCCCAGAGAUCGGGCUGUCGGACCUGAACCCGAAAGAGAUGAGCUGGAUCGACUCCGUGGUCUUCUUCUCCGGCCUGCCGGAAGGGAGCUCCACGGGGGACCUGACAGACCGCGUGCUCCACGGGAAGAACUACUUCAAGGCCAAGUCGGACUUCGUGCGCCGGCCGACGGCCAUCGGCGAGCUGGAAGGAGCCAUCGAUUUCCUUGCCAAGCAACCCAAGGCAUACAUCAUCCUCGACCCGUACGGCGGGGCCAUGGAGCGGAUCGCCGAGGAUGAUCUGCCGUUCCCGCAUCGCAAAGGAAACAUCCACGGGAUCCAGCAUCUCAUAGCCUGGACGGCCGACGACGACGACGGGCACAGGGAGGAGUACAUGGAGUGGCUACGCCGGUUCUACGACCUCAUGGGAGCCUACGUGUCCAACGGCCCACGCACCGCCUACAUAAACUACCUAGACCUUGAUCUAGGCACCAACAACAAUGCGUCUGUUGAUCAUCAUCCUAUAACAAUAAGAGACGGCGAAGAUGGCGGCAGCCCUCUUAACUCGGAAGUGGAGGCGGCGAGGACAUGGGGUGAGAGGUACUUCCUGAGCAACUACGACCGUCUCGUCCGCGCCAAGACCACCAUUGACCCGGAGAACGUGUUCCGCAAUGCCCAGAGUAUUCCGCCCCUCUUCAUGGGGGCUCUCAAGAUGAUCAGGCGUAGUGCACAUGAUAACGAUAUCUAGCUAGCUAGCUAACUAGCCCAAAGUUGCAUCCGACCACCACAGCAGAUGAUAUGGUAGCUAGUGCUUACAAGAUCUGGCCCGCAAUAUUGAACAUGUAACGCAUCGCUUAGAGAGUAUCCAAAGUUGCAUCCAAACCAAAGGGAAGAAGACAUGUCAUGGAAAGGACAUACACAUAUCGUUACAUUUUUUACUAGAGUAUUUAUUUAUGUUGUAUUUUUGCAAUGUUGCUGUCGUGGUGCCGUCUAGAAGGGCGGUUUGUUCUCAUUUUGUAGAGCAAGGCAAUUAUGAUUGGCAGAUCGAGCAAGCUAAGCUGAAAA